AUGACCGCACCCUCCAGCUUGCCCCCACGGAUAGCCAAACAACUCGCACGCGCAGCAGAGCUCAACCCACGCAUCAACUGCUUCACCCACCUCUACUCCAACUCGGAUGUCUCCUUGCAGCUGGAUCGCGCACGGGCAAAGGGGAAGGGCAGACUCGACGAGGUCACGGUCGGCGUGAAGGACAUGUUUGCGACAGCGGACGAUGCGCCGACUAGUUGCGCUAGCAGGAUGCUCAAGGACUAUCGCUCGCCGUUUGAUGCGACGGUCGUCAAGCGCUUGCGGGAGGCGGGCGCUGUCCUGGUAGGCAAGACCAACAUGGACGAGUUCGGCAUGGGCUCCUCAACAACCAACUCGAUCUUCGGACCGACCGUCAACCCUUCUGGUCCUCGAAGGGCUGAUGGAGAGCUAGAGAGUGAGGAGGAGCAGCGAGUGGCGGGCGGAAGUUCAGGAGGGAGUGCGGCGGCAGUCGCAGCAGGUCUUUGCGACAUCGCCCUCGCCUCCGACACAGGCGGCUCAACCCGCCUCCCCUCCUCCUUCUGCGGAAUCUACGGCCUCAAACCCUCCUACGGCCUCCUUUCUCGACACGGACUCGUCAGCUACGCGAGUAGCCUUGAUACGGUGGGUGUGAUGGGGAGGGAAGUGGAAGGGGUCUGGAGGGCGUUUGAUGUGAUGAACGCCUACGACCCCAAAGACCCGACGAGCGUACCCACGCAUGUACGGGACCGAGCGCGCAAAGCGCAUCAGCCGCUUGUCGAGCGGUUAGGGAAGCAGGAAGGGCGGGAGAAACCGCUUGAGGGGUUGAGGGUGGGCGUGCCAGCUGACCUCUUCCCCUCCGCUCUCCUCUCCUCUCCCACGACCCUCGCUCCGAUCCGCACCUACCUCUCCCACCUCCUUACCCUCGGCGCCUCCCUCCACCCCGUCCGUCUUCCUACCACUCCUCUCGCAUUGAGCGCCUACUACGUCCUCGCGUCUGCCGAAGCAAGCUCGAAUCUUGCGCGGUUCGAUGGAGUAAGGUUUGGGUACCGCGCUGAGGAGGGAGAGAGUGGGGAGAAGGAGGGGUUGUAUGCGCGUACGAGGACGGAGGGGUUUGGGGAGGAAGUCAGGAAGAGGAUUCUUUUGGGCACGUUUGCGUUGUCGGCUGAAGCCUUCGACAACUACUUCCUCCAAGCGCAACGCGUCCGACGCCUAAUCCAACUCGACCUCGACUCACUCUUCCGCGUCCCAAACCCGCUUCACACCUCCUCCUCCUCACCCUUCUCGACCUCCCCCUCCGCCCCCUCCGCAUCUCACCGCUCCGAAAAAGGCAUCGACCUCCUCCUCCACCCAACCGCAUUCUCCACCGCUCCUCUCCUCUCCUCCACCUCCUCCGCCUCGCGCUCGUCACGCGAACCAUACAUCCAGGACCUCCUUUCCCUCCCUGCGUCUCUUGCGGGCUUGCCGGCUGUUUCGGUACCGGCUGGGAGGGCGGAGGACGGCUGGCCUGUGGGUGUGACUGUUGUCGGACAGUGGGGGGCGGAGGAGGGAUUGGGGAAGGUUUUGGGAGCGGUAGAGCGGUGGAAGAAGCAAAGGGGAGAGGAGGACGCGGUUGCGAAGGGAGAGUAA